GAUUCUACUCUGAGGCUUUAAACCUGUUAACACUGGAUAUUUAAACACAUAUUCACAUAUUAUCUGGUCAUUCGAUUGAGAUUCAAAAUGAGUCUUUACGUCAAGAGAGAAGAUGAGGAUACUGCCUCUAAAAUGGGUGUCUCUCCAUCUUCUGGAUCAAGCUGUGUGUCUAUGAAGAGUAAUCAAUCCACAAGGAAUAAUAUCUUUGGAAUCAAUGAUGAAACAGUGAUCUCUGACCCCAGUAUCACCAGGAAACAACGAUUAGAGUCUCCAGAACCCAGUGUUGGGUCGAUGAAGACUCACAGAUCCAUUGAUGAUCCCUAUAAUUUCAGUGAAGGAGCAGUGAUCGCUGACCCUUUCAGGGGAAAGACACAGGAGCUGCUCAGAUCUGUCUCGUCUUCUACACCCCACUAUCAGAUGCACAUCAGGCAGGACAACACAGUCCUGCAGACACACAUACUGGAGACUGGAGACCUACAAAGAGUCAAAGACCAGCUCAAAACCAGCAUGAAGAACAAGUUUGAGAGAUUAUUUGAGGGAAUCAAACUCCAGGAGAAUGAAACCCUCCUGAACAGGAUCUACACACAGCUCUACAUCAUAGAGGGAGAGAGUGAAGGAGUGAAUGAAGAACAUGAGGUUUUACAGAUGGAGAAAACAGCCAGAACACAACACUCACAAGACACUCCAAUCGACUGCAAUGACAUCUUUAAAGCCUCACCUGAACCAGGAUGUGAGGAGAAAGACCAGAUCAAGACUGUUCUUACUAAAGGCAUCGCUGGAAUCGGAAAAACCGUCUCUGUGCAGAAGUUCAUUCUGGACUGGGCCGAGGGAAAAGCCAAUCAGGAUGUAGAUUUCAUGUUUGUGCUUCCAUUUCGAGAGCUGAACUUGAUCCGAGAUCAUCAGUACAGUCUUCACAGACUUCUGCUGGACUUUCAUCCUGAACUUCAAGAUCUGGACUCAAAGAUUUAUGAGGAGUGUAAAGUUGUGUUCAUCUUUGAUGGUCUGGAUGAAAGCAGAAUCACACUGAUGUUUUCAGAUGAUCAGAAAGUUUGUAAUGUGACUGAGAAUUCAUCAGUAGGUGUGUUGAUGUCAAACCUCAUGAAAGGAGAGCUGCUUCCCUCUGCUCUCAUCUGGAUCACCUCCAGACCAGCAGCAGCCAAACAGGUCCCCUCCAAAUACAUCAACCGUCUGACAGAAAUUCAGGGGUUCAGUGAGCCUCAAAAGGAGGAAUAUUUCAGGAAGAGAAUCAGUGACCAGCAUCAAGCCAGCAGAAUCAUCUCACAUAUCAGAAGAGCAAGAAGCCUCCACAUCAUGUGCCACAUCCCCGUCUUCUGCUGGAUCUCAUCCACUGUGCUUCAGAAGCUCCUGGAAGAAGAUCUGAGUGCAAAAAUCCCUCAAACUCUUACUGGAAUGUACAUCCACUUCUUGCUCACUCAGAUCAACAUGAGGAACCAGAAGUAUGAAGAGAGAGAUCCAGAUAAACUCCUGCAGUCCAACAGAGAAGUGAUUGUGAAACUUGCUGAAGUGGCUUUCAAACAGCUGAUGAAGGGCAAUGUGAUGUUCUAUGAGGAGGACCUGAUUGAGAGCGGCAUAGACAUCAAUGAUGCCUCAGUGUAUUCUGGGAUUUGCACUGAAAUCUUUAAGGAGGAGUCUGUGAAUCAUCAGACGAAAGUCUACAGCUUCAUUCAUCUCAGCAUUCAAGAGUUUCUUGCUGCUUUCUAUGUGUUUUACUACCAUGUGAAUACAACUAUGGUGGGACUGAGGAAGUUUGCUAGAGUACAAAAUUUGCUAAAAGGAGCAGUAGAUAAUGCCAUUGACAGUGAGAAUGGACAGCUGGAUCUGUUCCUGCGGUUCCUGCUGGGCGUCUCACUGGAGUCCAAUCAGAGACUCUUACAGGAUCUACUGACACACACAGAGAACAGCUCAGAGAGCAUCAGGAGAACCACACAGUACAUUAAAGAGAAGAUCAAAUAUGGACACAGACUCUCCACUGAAAGAUCCAUCAAUCUGUUCCUCUGUCUGCUGGAAGCGAAAGAUCAGACUCUGUCCAGAGAGAUUCAGGAGUUUGUGAAAUCAGACAAACACUCAGAAAAGAAAUUCUCUCCUGCUCACUGCUCAACAAUCGCCUACAUGCUUCAGAUGUCAGAGGAGCCGCUGGAUGAACUGAACCCCGUGAAAUACAACACAUCAGAUGAGGGAAGAAGAAGACUGAUACCAGCCAUUAUCAACUGCAGAAAAGCCAUACUUUCUGGCAAUAACCUUACUGCUCAGUCCUGUAAAAUUGUGUCAUCAGCUCUACAAUGCUCAUACUCUGUUCUGAGAGAGCUGGAUUUGAGUAACAAUGACCUGCAGGAUUCAGGAGUGAAGCUGCUCUCUGAUGCACUGAAGAGUCCAAACUCUCAACUGACGAUACUGAGGUUGUCUGGCUGUAUGGUGACAGAGGAAGGCUGUGGUUAUUUGUCUUCAGCUCUGAGUUCAAACCCCUCACACCUGAGAGAGCUGGAUCUGAGUUACAAUCACCCAGGACAAUCAGGAGUCCAGCUGCUCAAACAGAAACUGGAGGAUCCAAACUGCUCACUGCAGAUACUCAAUUUGGACCAUGGAGGACAUUUCAGAUUCACACCAGGACUGAGAAAAUAUGCCUGUGAUCUCACACUGGAUCCAAACACAGCACACACUCAACUCAUCCUGUCUGAGAAUAGUGACAACAUAACUGUGAAACAUGUCAAAGACAAGCAGCCGUAUCCUGAUCAUCCAGAGAGAUUUGAACACCAGGAGCAGGUUCUGUCUGGAGAGAGUCUGACUGGACGCUGUUACUGGGAGGUUAAAUGGAGUGGCUCAGGACAUGUAGCAGUGACAUAUAAAGAAAUCAGCAGGAAAGAAGGGAGUGACUGUCGGUUUGGACGCAAUGACAAGUCCUGGAGUCUUUUCUGUUGUGAUAAGAUGUACACUUUUUGGCACAAUAAUAAGAGCACUGACAUUCCUGCCCCUUCACCUCCCUCUACCAGAGUAGGAGUGUAUGUGGACGUGUCAGCCGGCUCUCUAUCCUUCUACGGCGUCUCCGACAAACACACACUCACACACUUACACACAUUCAACACCAUGUUCACUGAAGACCUCUAUGCUGGGAUUGUGGUUUAUCCCGAUUCCUCAGCCUUCCUGAGAAAAAAUGAAAAAAGUAAUUGAGACUCUAUACUUUCUAUACUUUAUUUCUCACAAUUGCAACUUCUUAAAAACUAAAUAAAAAAUAACAAUUAUAACAAAAUGUUGUAAUUGCAAAGAAUGCAGUUGCAAUUAGGCUGUAGUCGCAUUGUAAUAUAUAAAGUUGUAUAGUGGGAUAAAGUCAGACAGUAAUAUAAACUUACACCGUGAGACACAAAGAUACUGUUAUGAGAAAAACGCUUUGUAAGAUAUAAAAUCACAAUUCCCAGAAAUAAAACCAAAAUGAUGAGAUAUGAAGAAUUGCCGGAAAUAAAGUCAGAAUUUCAAUAUAUAGACUUGCAACUGUAGUAAACACACACACACCAGCAUCCAUCGCGAGCAGUACACUCACGCUCUAUUUUCCACUUCUGCUUUAUUGUAAAUCUUUUCUCAUGAACACUAUAUGAGAGAUAAAACCAAUAUUACCUUAAAAUAUAAUUGAAGAUAAAAAUCCAUUUUCCAGUUCUUUUGCUAGAAAAUUCUUGACGUUUUCAAUUUAUGUUCAUUUUUAAUUGCAUAACCCCUUCUUUGCUCAGCUGUGAUGCUGUAAAAUUCUGAAUGCCAACUCCCACAGUGUAAA